AUGGUGCACUCAGCAAGAGUGGGUGUUCUAGGCGGCGGCCAGCUGGGCCGUAUGUUGAUGGAGUCUGCAAACCGCCUGAACAUCCAGAUGAACAUACUCGAUGCUGAGGGCUCGCCAGCAAAACAGAUCAGUGCACACGAUACCCACGUAACCGGCUCGUUUAUGAACCCGGAGGCUGUUCGUAAGCUGGCCGAGGUGAGCGAUGUAUUGACUGCUGAGAUUGAACAUGUCGAUACCUUUGCCCUCGAGGAAGUUGAGUCUCUGGUCCAGGUCGAGCCGAGCUGGAAGAGCAUCCGGAUCAUUCAGGACAAGUAUGCGCAAAAGGAGCAUCUGGCCAAGUUCAACAUCCCUCAGGCGGAGUAUCGGGAAAUCAGGGAGAACUGCAGGGAGGAAUUAGCGAAGAUCGGAGAGGAGUUUGGAUAUCCGUUCAUGUUGAAAUCAAAGACUGGAGCGUAUGAUGGGAGAGGCAAUUAUACGGUAAAAGGGGAGUCGGAUAUAUCUCCUGCAUUGGAGGCACUCAAAGGGAGGCCCCUUUAUGCAGAGAAAUGGGCCAAGUUCAGAAUGGAGCUCGCAGUCAUUGUUAUCAAGACAAAGGAUACUGUUCUAUCAUACCCUACAGUGGAGACUGUCCAGGAAGACUCGAUAUGCAAGCUCGUCUAUGCACCAGCACGAGGCGUCUCUCAGAAGAUAAACGAAAAAGCUCAAGAACUUGCCCGAAAUGCGGUUGCUGCCUUUGAGGGGAAGGGAGCCUUUGGAGUCGAGAUGUUCCUACUGGAAGACGAUUCUCUUCUAUUAUGCGAGCUUGCCAGCCGAAUCCACAAUUCUGGACACUACACAAUCGAAGGAUGCAGCCUCUCUCAAUUUGAUACCCACCUCAGGGCCAUUCUCGACCUGCCCAUCCCCCCACAGAGCUUGCAGCUACGACAGCCGUCAAUCAUGCUGAACAUUCUUGGUGGAUCAGCUCCAGACUCACAUCUAGACAUUGGCAGAUACGCGCUCUCAAUACCGAAUGCUAGCGUCCAUCUAUACAGUAAAGGGAACGCUAGGCCAGGGCGUAAGAUGGGUCAUAUAACCGUGACAGCCCCGACGAUGCAUGAAGCAGAGACGAUCAUACAGCCGCUGAUCGACUAUGUCAACGGUAAAUCAGCAACUGAACCAUCAGCGUCGCUAAAGCCUCAGCCUACAGUGGGAGUUAUAAUGGGGUCCGACAGCGACCUGAAAACCCUUGUUCCGGGCUUGAAGCUGCUACAAGAGUAUUUUGGCAUCGUGCCGGAAGUCGAUAUCACAUCCGCUCACCGCACCCCGGAGUAUAUGGCAGAGUAUGCAGCCACAGCUGCAUCCCGUGGCAUCAAGGUGAUUAUUGCUGCUGCCGGUGGUGCUGCUCAUCUACCUGGAAUGGCCGCCGCACACACAUCCCUCCCCGUCAUCGGCGUACCCGUCAAAGGAAGUGCGCUGGAUGGUGUGGAUAGUUUGUAUAGUAUCGUGCAAAUGCCUAGAGGUGUCCCUGUUGCAACGGUUGGAAUCAACAACAGCAUAAAUGCCGCUCUUUUGGCUGCCAGAAUACUUGGUGCUUUCAACGGAGCCUUGCGCCAGAAGGUCGAGGAGUAUGCAAAGGCCGCAAAGACCGAGAACCUCGACGUCAAGGGAGUCAAGAUGAGAGAGAUUGGCUGGGAAAAGUACUUUGAUCAAAUGGAAAAGAAAUGA